GUUCGGCAGGCAGGCAUGGAGGAGGACGAUCGGUCAAUCGCGGCGCCCGAGGGGAAGAACAAGGCGAUCGACUACGACAAGCUUGAGAGGGACGUGGACCACCAGCGCGAUGUGGCUCUCAAGGAGGGGAGGCUGACUGAAGCGCUGGAUGCGCUCCUGGGCCUGGAGAAGCAGAUGCGCCUGGCUGCUGAUGUGGUGGGGACGCGCACAGUGGCGGUGGCAAUUCUCAAGGUCUGCCACGAGGCAGCUGCGUGGAAGCUUCUCAACGAGCAGAUUGUGGCGCUGUCGAAGCGCCGAGCGCAGCUGAAACAGGUGGUGGCGGCGAUGGUGCAGGAAGCCAUGAAGUACGUGGAUGACGCACCUGAUGACGUCAUUCGGGAGGAGCUGAUCAAGACGCUCAGCGGAGUCACCGCGGGCAAGAUCUACGUGGAGAUAGAGAGGGCGCGCCUGGUGAAGCGCCUGGCGCGCAUGAAGGAGGCGGAGGGCAAGGUGAAGGAGGCCGCGGAGAUCAUGCAGGAGGUCGCGGUGGAGACGUUUGGAGCCAUGGCAAAGACAGAGAAGAUCGACUUUAUCCUCGAGCAGGUCCGCCUGUGUCUGGACUCUGGCGACUUCAUGAGGGCACAGAUCCUCGCCAAGAAGAUCAGCCCACGUGCAUUCGCCUCUGAGACCGUUGAAGCUGCUGAGAAGGCCAAGGUGGAGGCAGCUGCAGCAGCAGCGGGGGAGGGGAAGGAGGAGGGGAAGAAGAAAAGGAAGGGGCCGAAGGAGGAGGGGGAGAUUCAGCCCGCUGCCCCUGAUGUGCCCACGCUGGUGGAGCUGAAGCUGAAGUUUUAUGAGCUCAUGAUCCGCUACCACACCAACGCGAAUGACUAUCUGGAGAUCUGCCGGUGCUAUCAGAACAUCUAUGACACACCAGCAGUCAAGGCCGACCAGGAGCGCUGGAUCCCCGUGCUGAAGAAAAUAUGCUGGUAUCUGGUGCUGGCACCGCAUGGCAGCAUGCAGUCGUCUCUCCUCCACUCUACCUUCGCUGACCCUCACCUCCUCGACCUCCCCAAGUUCCGCGCGCUGCUGAAGCUGUUCAUAACGAUGGAGGUGGUGGGGUGGCCACAGCUGCAGGCGGACUAUCGCGGGGAGAUGGAGGAGGAGAAGGGCACAGUCUUCCUCAAGCCCUCUGCUCUCGAAGACCUGCGCCUGCGCGUCAUCCAGCACAACAUCCUGGUGGUAUCCAAGUACUAUGUGCGCAUCACCAUGGCACGCCUUGCUCAGCUGCUCUCCCUCACUGUCCAGGAGGCGGAGAAUUUUUUAUCAGACAUGGUGGUGGAGAAGGUGCUUGUGGCUAAGAUUGACCGGCCGGCGGGGAUUGUCACAUUUGGCAAGAGGCAGGAGAGCGGAGUGCAGCUGUUGGAUAAAUGGGCGAGCGACAUCGCGAAGCUGCUUGAUCUUGUGGAGACAAGCUGCCAUCACAUUCACAAGGAGGCGAUGCCGUCUGUCGCCGCCAUGGCGCAAGCGCUGACCAUGAGCACUUCGCGCGCGACAUCUGUCGCACGCGCAGAUCUCAUCUCUGCGACCCGCCGUAACGCCACGUCAGCAGUCAGUCCACGUGUCGCCCUCUCUCAAGCUCACCUCUCGAGUCGGCUGCUUAGCGGCAGGCGGAUUCCCGAUCGUGUAAUCCUUCGAUCGCAAAUUUCUCGCCGGCCGUCGCAGGCGAGCCAAUUCAAUCGCUCGCUGUCGCACGUCGUCGCAGCCGUUAGCUCAUCUGUCGCAGUAGAGGAGGCAGACGUCGUUAUCGUCGGUGCCGGCGUGUCGGGUCUUUGCACGGGACUUGCUCUAACCACGGAUCACGCGGACACUGUAUCGAAGGUGAUUGUAACGGAGGCGCGGGAUCGCGUGGGCGGCAACAUCACGACGGUGGUGGGCGAGCCGGGGACGGCGAACGAGGGGUAUCUGUGGGAGGAGGGACCCAACAGCUUCCAGCCCAACGACGCCAUGCUCAAAUGCGCCCUCGACAGCGGCGUCAUCGACCAGUUGGUCCUGGGAGAUCCCGACGCGCCCCGCUUCGUGUUCUGGGAGGGCCGGCUGCGCCCCGUGCCGGCCGGCCUGCUGGACCUGCCCGUGUUCGACCUUAUGUCCAUCAUCGGCAAGAUCCGCGCUGGGUUGGGAGCUUUUGGUCUCCGCCCUGCCGCUCCUGAGGGCAAGGAGGAGAGUGUGGAGGAGUUUGUGCGGCGCAAUCUGGGCGCUGAGGUGUUCGAGCGCCUCAUCGAGCCCUUCUGCUCCGGUGUGUACGCUGGAGACCCAUCGAAACUGAGCAUGAAGGCCGCGUUCGGAAAGGUGUGGCGCCUGGAGCAGCUUGGGGGGUCCAUCUUUGGCGGCUCCAUGAAGCUGAUCAAGGAGAGACAGGCCAACCCGCCGCCCCCUCGUGACCCGCGCCUGCCGAAGCCCAAGGGGCAGACAGUGGGGUCGUUCCAAAAGGGACUCAUCACCCUCCCCACUGGCAUUGCCAGCAAGCUCGGCGACCGGGUGAGGCUUGGGUGGAAGCUGACGGCCAUAGAGAAGCGGCCAGGUGGCAGCGGCUUCCUUCUCUCCUACGACACUCCCGAGGGCGCCAAGCAGCUCUCAGCGCACUCGCUGCUGCUCACCGUUCCCUCCUAUGUCGCUGCUGACCUUCUGAAGCCGUUCUCGGCAGCAGCAGCAGCCGCCCUCUCGGCCUUCUACUACCCACCCGUGGCAGCAGUGACCAUCUCGUACCCCAAGGAGGCCAUUCGAGAGGACAGGCUCGUGGGGGGCGAACUCAAGGGCUUUGGACAGCUGCACCCGCGCACCCAGGGCAUUGUCACUCUGGGCACCAUCUACAGCUCAGUGCUCUUCCCCAACCGGGCUCCGGACGGCCGUGUGCUGCUGCUGUGCUACAUUGGCGGCGCAUGCAACACCAAGAUCGCUACCAUGAGCGAGGAGGAGAUAGUGAAGCAGGUGGACAUCGAUGUGCGCAAGAUGCUCAUCAAGCCCGAUGCGGUCGCGCCCCUCACGCACGGCGUGCGCGUGUGGCCGCGCGCCAUUCCCCAGUUCAACGUGGGUCAUCUCGACAACCUCGCCAAGGCGCGCGAGGAGAUCAAGGCGGCUGGGCUUGAGGGCGUGUUCCUGGGAGGGAAUUACGUGGCGGGUGUCGCGCUGGGUCGGUGCGUGGAGGGUGGGUAUGAGAGCGCGGCGGAGGUGGUACAAUAUUUGAAGGAAAAUGUUGCUGUUAGCAAAUAA